AAGUUGGGGGGUAGUAGAAGUUUUCUACCUAAGAAAAACUUGCCCAAAAAUUGUAUGAGAUUUUCUUCUUUUCACAUUCAAAGCCCUCCUCCAAUUCAUCAACUACCCUUUCGAAAAAUUGCUAGUUUGGAGCUCACACUGGUUGACUAUACCUUUGAAGUUGACCACGAGUCUUACUCAAUCUAAUAAAUAAAUAAUAAAUAAUCAUUUUAAUUCCUUGAAUUACGAAAAUACCCAUAAAUUAUUGAACAGAAAAAAUUCAUUAAAGUAAAAAAGAUAGGGACGUAUUUAUUUGGUCAGCAGCCUCCAAAAUAUUCAAAAGCUGUGUGCAGUGUCCACCCACAACAGUCCAAGUCAACUAACGCCGCCCAUAUGAUCAAACCAAAACCUCAUUGCAUUUCAUCACUCAACUCUCUAAGCCACUUCCCGCCUCGCCCACCCCACACCCAAACGCCGUUGUUUUCCCGCCCCUUCCCCAAUGCACCCACUCUUCCUCCUCUUCUUCUUCUACUCCUUCGAGGUUACGAAGUCGUUUCCCUCGAAUGCAAACCUCUCCAACUGCUCCCGGGCCUUCGACUGCGGCCCGCUUCGAAACCUCUCGUACCCGUUCGCCGGCGGGUCCCGCCCGGCCUACUGCGGCCCGCCGGAGUUCCAUAUCAACUGCGUCAACGACUCGCCGGAGCUGACCAUCUUGUCGCUGAGUUACCGAGUUCUCCAACUCGACCCGGUUCGUCGGAAUCUGAAGCUGGCCCGCUCAGACCUCUGGACCUCGACCUGCACAGACAAGGUCUUCAACUCAACUAUGAAAUCCGAGUUCUUCGCUUACAACGACAGCGACGACGUGGACGUGUCCAUUUUCUACGGCUGCAAUUCGACGAUCACUACGCCGAAGCUCGCGAAUUGGUUCCACUGCAACAACAAUCGGGAUUUCAACGACUCUUACUACUUGAUCGGGCCGGUCCCGCUCGACCCGAUUAUGAGCACUUUCAAGUGUGAGAUUGGAAUUACGGUGCCGAUUCUCAAAACCACGGCUGCGAAGCUCGUCGCCAAUCGGUCGCUGUUUCAGGAAGCAAUCAAUGAAGGCUUCACUGUUAACUAUACCAACCCUUAUGAUAAUCAAUGCGCUCAGUGUCUUGGUGUAAAUGGGCUGUGUGGGUUUGACACGGGUUCGAGCGAACCCGUUUGCAUUUGCGGCAAUCGGGUUUGUGACCCAGCAGGAAAAAAGAAGGAAAUAGCAAUAGGUCUUGCUGUAGGAGGUGCAAUCCUUUUUGGAAUUUUCAUAGGAUUCUAUAUAUAUUCUUUCAUACAACGAAAGAAGAAGAAACUUGCUGCACUAGCUCAAAGCAAAGAGAUUCCAACACCCCUCACGAGCAAAAGCGUUGCUACUCCCUCAACUAAUCUCUCUCAAUCUCAAAGCAUCCCUUCGUAUCCUUCCUUUACUUCAAAGUCAGACUAUGAUAAGGGGAGCACUUACUUUGGAGUUCAGGUCUUCAGCUAUACUGAAUUAGAGGAAGCCACUGAAAAUUUCAAUCCUGCUAAAGAACUUGGAGACGGAGGAUUUGGCACUGUUUACUAUGGUAAGCUACAGGAUGGCCGUGUAGUUGCAGUGAAGCGCCUUUACGAGAACAAUUUCAAACGUGUGGAGCAGUUUAUGAACGAGGUCGAGAUCUUAACUCGUCUCGAACACCGGAACCUUGUCAAGCUGUAUGGAUGCACCUCAAGACGCAGCCGAGAACUCCUCCUUGUUUACGAGUAUAUUCCUAAUGGAACAGUGGCUGACCAUCUCCAUGGGAAAAGAGUUGAAUCCGGGUUUCUUAGUUGGCCUGUUCGAUUGAGCAUUGCCAUAGAGACAGCUGAUGCACUGGCUUUCCUUCACCGCAAUGAUGUAAUACACCGUGAUGUCAAGACCAACAAUAUUCUCAUAGACAACGACUUUUGUGUGAAGGUCGCUGAUUUUGGGCUCUCAAGAUUGUUCCCCAACGAUGUCACGCAUGUUUCAACUGCUCCACAAGGGACCCCCGGCUAUGUUGAUCCUGAGUAUUAUCAAUGCUAUCAACUCACGGACAAGAGUGACGUAUAUAGCUUUGGCGUGGUCUUGAUCGAGCUCAUAUCAUCACUACAAGCAGUGGAUACCAAUAGGCACCGGCACGAUAUAAAUUUGGCCAACAUGGCUAUCAACAAAAUUCAAAAUCAUCUAGUGAAUGAGUUGGUUGAUCCUCUUCUUGAGUUCGAAACAAACCAUGUUGUUAGGGGGAUGGCAACAGCAGUGGCAGAAUUGGCCUUCCGAUGUUUGCAACAGGAGAGGGACAUGAGGCCAACCAUGGACGAAGUGUUAGAUGGUUUGAGAGCAAUCCAGAAUGAAGAUCUUGGUUCAGAAGACGGUCAAGCAGUUGUGCUGGAUAUCAGGGCGGAUGACGUUGGACUCUUGAGGAACAUGCCUCCCCCACUCUCACCAGACUCAGCCGGAACUGAUAAAUUGGUUAGCAGCUCUACCCCACCUAGUUCCUUUUAGCACUUCAGAUUUCCAUAUCCUCCCACAUCCUCCUCUUUUCUGCUUUUUGGUGAGCUUCAGCCUUCAGUUCUAAAAUAGAUGGUAAAAAGUAUUGUAUACUCAUAAUCAGAUCCUCUGGACUGGAUUCAAACUUCAUUGUCUUUCUAUAUGCUUUGUUUUCUUUUGAUGUUGAUAGAAGAUAUACUAAAGUGGCAUCACUAUUUGAUCCAAGCCAGCCAAUGUACAUAAAUUAAUGAAGCUGUCAGCACUUGGAAUGUUUUUUUAUGUA